CGUUCAGGAAAAUAUUGGGCCAGCGUUAUGCUUUCUCAGUCUGCACCGGGCUCACCAUCCGAGUAACACCGUCGGUCGGCUCUAACCGAUCACUCUUUUCCUGGCGAUCGUGCUUUCGUUUUCGUUUCGUUCGACAAUCACCUCGGUUUGUGGUCUUGCUUGCAUUUAGGAUAAAACGCCAAGUCCCAGGAAUUCUUACUCGUUCCGGGAUAAGAUAAAAGUAUCAUGGCCGAGUCAAAAGUGGAGGAGAUCCCUGAUAGAAUAGUGGAAACCUUCAGAAAUCAGAAUAUUUUAAUAACUGGUGGCACUGGUUUUCUGGGAAAAGUUGUUAUCGAGAAAUUUCUCAGAUGUCUACCAAACACGGAGCAAAUUUACCUGUUGGUCAGAUCGAAAAAAGGGAAGGAUCCAAAGCAUCGUAUAGAAGAAAUUUUCAAUUCUCCGCUUUUCGAGAAAGUUAAAGAGCAAAGAGGCGCGGCCGAACUUUGCAAAGCGAUAACAGUCGUGUAUGGUGAUGUUUCGUUGCCAGGACUUGGACUUUCCACGGAGGACAGACAGAUGCUUUGCGAGAAGAUCAACAUUGUGUAUCAUGCGGCCGCCACAAUACGAUUUGAUGAGUUGUUAAAGAAAGCAGUAUUAGUGAAUACACGUGGCACCAAGCAAAUGUUGGAUCUGGCGAAAGAGAUGAAACACCUGAAAUUAUUUGCUCACAUCAGUACAGCAUACUGUCAUCUUGAAGAAAAAGUGUUAGGAGAAAGACCAUACCCUCCGCCUGCAGAUCCUCAUAAAAUAAUCAAAUGCGUUGAAUGGAUGGACGACGAGGUCGUUGAAGCUAUGACAGACAAGAUCUUGGGAGAUAUUCCAAAUACGUACGCCUUUACCAAAGCUUUGUCGGAAGGUCUCGUUCAGGAAGCAAUGCCACAUAUGCCAGCAAUCAUACUAAGACCUAGUAUAGUCAUACCUGUGUGGAAGGAACCUAUUCCUGGAUGGACGGAUAACAUCAAUGGUCCUACAGGAUUGUUAAUUGGUGCUGGAAAAGGUGUUAUUCGAACAAUGUACUGCAAUGAGAAUGGUUAUGCGGAUUAUCUUCCUGUUGAUAUCGCUGUAAAUGCUAUUCUCACCAGUUCAUGGAAUUACAUCUACCUCAAAGAUCAUGAAAAAAGAGUUUACAAUCUUACAAGUAGCAGUGAGUUUAAAGUAUCCUGGGCAGAGAUUAUUGCUCGUGGUCGAAAAAUUACAGAAAAGGUACCUUUAAAUGGAGUUGUUUGGUAUCCAGGUGGAAGUAUGAAGAAAUCAAGACUGAUGCAUAAUAUAUGUGUGUUUCUGUUUCACAUGAUACCAGCCUACCUCAUAGAUGCGCUUAUUUUUCUUGCAGGCUAUAAACCAAUCAUGUGUCGUGUGCAACGUCGAAUACAAAAAGGUUUCGAGGUGUUCGAAUAUUAUGCUAACAAUCAAUGGGAUUUUGAAAAUUCAAAUAUAUUUGAGUUACGAGAUAAACAAAAUCCCGUGGAGUAUAAAAAGUAUCAGCUGCACGGAGAAGAUAUGGAUAUAGACGCUUAUUUUGAAACUUGCAUACGAGCAGCAAGAAUCUACAUUUUAAACGAACCGCCUGAAACUUUGCCUGCUGCUCGAAGGCACUUGAAAAUUAUGUACUGGGUUGAUGUGAUUGCGAAAAUACUAUUCUUUGUACUACUGAUCUACAUAUUGGCAUCCUGGAGUGGAAGUUUCAGAGCAUUGUUAAUAGGAAGUUGGUCAUUUGCUACCAGAACACUAUUACGCUAAUCACUCAUUACUUAAUUUACAGUAUUUUCUAGUAACUUUGUACCGUAAUAUGACCAAAUAAAUGAUUUCUUUUUUUUUA